UUGAAAUUAAAAAGCUGAGUUAUUCCGGUGUAUUGUGUAAAAGAAGACCAUUGUCAAGCCUUUGAGAUUGAGUGUUAUAUGUGACUUAUCAAGAAAAAUUUUGACACACGGCACACACACACACAAUCGCUUCAUAGACAGACGUAGUACAUAUAUGCAAGCGAGUGAAAAUUGCAAGUAACAAGCAGGUGUGUGUGUGAGUGUGUGUGUGUGUGCAAAUGCUCUUUCGAUAAUUUACGCGCCUUGUCACACAGUCAAACAAAAUUGUUGGUUUCACCUUUGCCACCUGCUUAACAAAAUGCCGAUACUUGCCUAUAAGGAACAGCGCAUUCUCACCCAGCAACUGCGCAAGCUAAGCGAACACAAAUACUCGUGCUUCAGCGCAAGCCUGCUGGAUCCUUUGCUACAGCCCUGGUGGAAUUGGUUGGUCUCCCAAACGCCACUUUGGCUGGCACCUAAUCUGAUAACAAUUGUCGGUCUAAUACUCAACAUUGUGACAACGCUGAUAUUAAUUGCUAUAGUCCAAUGGGUCGAGCCACCGCCACGUUGGACCUGCUUCCUCUGUGCUCUGGGUCUGUUCGUCUAUCAAAGUCUAGACUCGAUUGAUGGCAAGCAGGCGCGACGUACCAACACGUCAUCGCCGCUUGGCGAACUGUUUGAUCAUGGCUGUGAUUCCAUAUCAACUAUAUUUGUGGCGCUUUCGGCGUGCAUAUCCUGUCAACUGGGUCACUAUCCAAACUGGCUAUUCUUUCAGUGCUUUUGUGCCAUUGCGUUGUUUUAUUGCGCACACUGGCAGACGUAUGUGUCUGGAACGAUGCGCUUCGGCCGCAUCGAUGUAACUGAGGCUCAAUUCUCCAAUGCUAUACAUUUGGUUUCGGCCGUGCUGGGGCCCGAGAUUUGGCUGACGAAGAUUGGCAUUGGCAAUAUUGAGCUUUGGUAUGGUCCUGCUAUAACGACCAUUGUGUGUGGUGUAAUCUCCUUAACCUAUGUAUUUUCCGUCGUUGUGGCCGGUGGUGUUGGAAAAAAUGGCUCCACAGUUGCUGUAAGUCUGAAAAAUACACACAAAUAUGUACAAAAAUGUGCAUAAAAACCAAAUCAGAUA